AUGGAUGUAGUGAAAGAGAGCAGGCACACUAUGCAACACCAUGCCAGAGUCACGGUGCUUAAAUCGGGAUCUGUAUGGUUCAUCCAGAAGCUAGGGUUGGAUAUACUGGCAUCCUUUUAUGAAGCUGACACGGCUGCAGAUGGGGAGGCCUCUGCUCCACAGUUCCUUCCUGAGGCUGACACAGUGGCAGACAGGGCAGUCUGUGCUCCAGAGUUCCCUCUUGAGGCCAACACAGUGACAGAGUGGGAGGUCUUCACUCCAGAGCUCCCUCCUGAGGCUGGCACAGUGGCAGACAUGGAGAACUCCACUCCAGAGCUCUCACCAGAGGCUGACAGGCUUGCACUGGAGGCUAACAGGGUGGCCCUCACUCCAGAGCUUGCACCAGAGGCUGACAGGGUGGCCCUCAUUCUAGAGCUCACACUGGAGGGAGACAGGGCAGCUGUCAGUUCUGAGCUCAUUCCAGAGCUCACACUGGAGGCCGACAGGGCAGCUUUGCUCCAGAGCUCACACCGGAGGGCGGCUCUUGCUUCAGGCUUCAGGGAGGAUGAGAUCUUCACUUCACUGCCAGGCUUCAGGGAGGACAAUAUCAUAGUUCCACCACCAGGGUUCAGGGAAGAUGAGAUUUCACUGCCAGACUUCAAAGAAGAUGAGAUCAUUGAUCCACUGCCUGGCGUCAGGGAUGACAAGAUCGUCACUCUGCAGCCAGGCUUCAGGGAGGAUGCUGUCACUCAAACUAAGCCUUUGCCCAUCUCUGAGCCCAUGUCAGAACCCAAAUCCCUGUUGAAGACAGAGUCCAUGCCUAUGUUCAAGUCCAUGCCCAUGCUUAUGCCAGAGUCCAUGCCAAGAUCAGAGCCUAAGCCAGAGUCCAAGUACAUAUUCUUGCCUGAACCCAUGCCCAUAUUGACACCUGAGUCCUUGCCCACGUUCAAGUCAAUGCUCAUGCUGACACUAAGGUCCAUGCCCAUGCUCAAGCCCAGGUCCAUGCCCAUGCUGACACCUGAGUUCAUGCCCAUGUUCAUGUUCAUGCCCAUGUUUAUGCCUGAGUCCAUGCCAAUGUUAAAGUCUCAGCCAGAGUCCAAGUACAUGUCCUUGUCUGAACCCAUGCUCAUGUUCAAGUCCAUGCCCAUGUUGAUGCAAGGGUCCAUGCCCAUUCUGAUGCCAAGGUUUAGACCCAUGCUCAAGCCCAUAUCCACACCUGAGUCCAUGCCAAUGCUCAAACCCAUGUUCUUGUCAAAAUCCAUGCCUGAACUUCAGCCCAUAUCUGAGUCCAGGAGUACAGAUCCUUGUAUGUUUCAAUGCCUGAAUGGAGAUUAUUGUCUGUAUCCAGACGCCUGCAACUGUUCUUUCUAUCAGGCUACAGAAUCAUACUGCAAAACAAUUCCAAACACAGGCUUGGAGAGAGAGAUGACAUGUCGAUCAUGGGGGCAAUAUAACUAUGAGACGUUUGAUGGCCUUUACUACUACUUUCCUGGCAAGUGCAGCUACACACUCCUAAAAGACUGUGAGGACAACACAAAGUCAAGUGUGUUGAUACAGGUCCAUAAUGAUCCAGAAUGCGAUUCUAAUCCAUACUCCUGCAGACGAUCAUUAAGCCUCUUCUUACCACGGGAAGGCGAGCUUAGGUUACAAGCAUUCAGUGUCACACUCAGGGGUCAAAGUCUACAGCUCCCUCAUAACUUUCAUGAUAUUGAACUGGAGAGGAUCUCUGACUACAUCCUGGUCUCACAGCAUCAGGUUUUCAUGCUGGCAUGGCAAGGCCUUAGCAGCUCUAUCUAUAUUAAGAUGAGUCCAGAAUUUGUGGGUCGCACAUGCGGACUGUGUGGCAACUUCAACGCAGAUGUCCAGGACGAUCUGAAAACCAGCUACGGUGUGUUCACAGACAAUCUUGCCAUAUUUGGGAACAGUUGGAUGGAGGAGAAGCCACUGCAGCUCACAUGUCCAAUGGUGCCAUCUCUCUACCCAUUUCCUUGCUCUACACAAGAACCUCAUAAUUUGCUGAAAGUGGUGGAGGUGUGUACAUCUUUACAGAAAGAGCCAUUUAAAUCCUGCCAUGAAUUUGUCAGUCCAUAUUCAUUCAUGGCCAGCUGUUCUAAUGACCUCUGCAUGUCUGGUUCCAGUGGUGAUAUGGUUUGCCAAGCAUUCACUGAGUAUACAAGAGCAUGUGCUCAUGCUGGACACCCAUUACACAACUGGAGAGCACAUUUUCCUCUAUGUGGGAUUGAAUGCUCCACAGGACUCCUUUACAGAGAGUGCAUCACAUGUUGUCCUGUGCACUGCAAUACUGAACACAUCUGCAUUGACAGCAAACUACAGUGUUUGGAUGGCUGCUAUUGUCCAGAUGAUUUAAUCUAUGAGGAUGGAAUCUGUGUAAAACCAUCAGACUGUCCUUGUGAACAUCGGGGAAUGCUGUACCCUUCAGGACACAUGAUAAAAGAGGAGUGCAACAACUGCACAUGUGCUGGUGGUGUGUGGAACUGCACAGAGCACAGCUGCCCAGGGGAGUGCUCGGUUACAGGAGACAUGUAUUUUCAGUCUUUUGAUGGCCAUGUUUACACCUUCCCAGCUACAUGUCAGUAUGUUUUAGCCAAAAGUCGAAACCCAGGAGGGUUCAUUGUGACAAUUCAGAAUACCCCAUGUGGACCUAACCUGGAUGGGACUUGUAUUCAGUCAGUGAAUCUGGUCCUGAAUGAGGACCCCCACACUGAGGUCACGCUCAGCCACAAUGGGGAGGUGUACAUAGCAAGCCAGAUCCAUAUCGCUCUACCAUAUUCAGAUGAGAUAUUUCAGAUCCAGGAGCUGUCAUCCAUGUUUGUCCAAGUAAAGACAGUGCAGGGUUUACGGCUACAGUACAACUGGAAAGAGUUCCGGCUGUACUUGCAGCUUAGUAAACUGUGGAGGGACAACACAGUGGGGUUAUGUGGUACCUUCAAUGGCAACAUACAGGAUGACUUUCUUGCACCCUCAGGCAUGAUAGAGAGCUCUCCAAACUUGUUUGGGAAUGCUUGGCGCUUGCCAUCAGCCUGCAUGCCACGGCCCAGUUUGCCUCAGCUGGAUCCAUGUGAUACUCAUCAGCAAGCCGCAUCCUAUGCUGUGGAGAAGUGUGACGUAUUGAUGCAAGAGGUCUUUGCUGUGUGUCAUGAGCAUGUGAGUCCCAUGGCCUUCCAGCUGCAGUGCCGUGCAGAUGUGUGCAGGUGUGGAAUGCCGUGUCUCUGUUCUGCUCUUGCCCACUACAUGCGCACCUGUAGGAAGCACAAUAUCAUUAUUGAGUUUCGCACACACGUGCCUGAAUGUGCUGUGACAUGCCCACCAACGAUGGAAUAUGGCGUGUGUGUGUCAUCUUGUGAACGGCACUGCCUCUCUCUGUCACUCCCACAGUUUUGUGGAGAUGAGUGUGAGGAGGGCUGUGUGUGUCCUCAAGGGACAUACUACAGCAUGCACACACAGACCUGUGUUAAAAGGAGUGAAUGCCCAUGCUCCUUCCUGGGAGCUGAUUACUCUCCUGGAGAUGUGAUUCUGACAUCAUCAGAUAUCCAAAUUUGUCAAGAUGGAAAACUUGUCUCACAAAGCAUUAUUACUGAUAAACUGUGUCCUCCAGGGCAGGUUUAUGUUGAUUGUGGGAAUAUGGUGGAAGGACCAUCAACUAGUAAAGGUUUGGCUUGUGUCCACACUUGUGAAUCAUACCUGCUUAACCUGACCUGCUCCAGCCAUGAGCCCUGUGUGCCCGGCUGCAUCUGCCCACCAGGAUUUUUAAAGCAUGGUGAUGAAUGUUUUGAGCCUGUUGCAUGCCCAUGUUUAUGGAAGGGUAAAGAAUAUUACCCAGGGGAUAGAGUGUCCUCACCUUGCCACCAGUGUUUGUGUCAGCAUGGAUCAUUCCAGUGCAAAUUCCAUCCAUGUGCAUCAAUGUGUACUGUGUAUGGAGACCGACACUACCGUACAUUUGACGGAUUGCAAUUUGACUAUGUUGGCGACUGUAAAGUUUACCUGUUAAAGAGCUCAGCUGAUGUAACAAUGAAUGUUACAGCAGAGAAUGUGGAAUGCUUUGAAAGUGGUAUGAUCUGCAGAAAAUCCCUCCUCAUUUCCAUUGGAGAAUCCAUCAUUAUUUUUGACAGUGAAAGUGGGAAACCUAAUCCAUCCAGCGUGAUUGACAGACAAAAUGUGCAUAUCUUGAAUGUGGGCUACUUCACCAUUAUCCAUCUAAUGCAAUAUGAGAUUUCAGUGCUCUGGGACAGAAAAACCACUAUCCAUAUACAAGCUGGACCCCGGUGGCAGGGUAAAUUAUCUGGUCUGUGUGGGAAUUUUGAUCUGAAGACAGUAAAUGAAAUGAAAACCCCAGAUAACAUGGACUUAUCAACACCACAGGAGUUCGGCAACAGUUGGACAGCAGCAAAGUGUAUUAAAAGUCCUGAUACAAGGCAUCCAUGUACUUUGAAUCCAAUACGAGAACCUUUUGCCAAAAGGCAGUGUGGGAUUCUUCUCAGCGAAGUAUUCCAAGCCUGUCAUCCUGUGGUGGAUGUGACAUGGUAUUAUAUGAACUGCCUGGCAGAUACAUGCAGCUGCAGUCAUGGUGGUGACUGUGAAUGUUUCUGUACAAGUUUGGCAACAUACGCUCACAGCUGCUGCCAGCAGGGAAUUCCUAUUGAUUGGCGGUCACCCUCCCUAUGCCCAUAUGACUGUGAAUACUACAAUAAAGUUCUAGGUAAAGGUCCAUUUAGUUUGCUGACCUAUAGAGAGAAGAAUUUGCUUUUAGCAGCCAAUCGGACAAGUGGAUUGGUGUUUCUGAAGAGAGGAGUGUCCAGCAUUGAUGGUGUGGUGACUCUGUUCAUGAUAACUCCAGGACUCAGUAAAACCCGACCAUAUGAUUCUUCACUAGUAUCAUUUGAAGCAGCAGACAGGCCAAAUUAUUUCCUCCUCGCAGUGCGCAGUGGCCACUUAAGACUGCGCAAGUGGGAGGACAGCAGGGAAUUUUGUGAUGCAGCAACAUUUAUACUGCAUAGGGACACCUGGAUCACUGGAUUUGAUUCACUAGAGUCACUCAUCUGGCCUGGAUACUUUCUACACUACAUGCUGUAUAAACUGCAGUUUCUGAAAUAUAAUCACUCAGAUCGUUACCGCAGAGCCACUCUCUUCAAACUUGUUGGCAGCACUGCAGAUUACUCAGUAAGUCCUCAGUGCCAGUGGCGAUAUGAAUUUUGCAGAAGUCUGUGUUUUAGGACAUGUAGUGAUCCAGCAGCUCUGAGAUGUGUCACCAACCUAAAUGUGGAGGGAUGUCUGCCCAAGUGUCCAGCUCAUAUGGUCAUGGAUGAGAUUACUCAAAGAUGUGUCUAUCUGGAGGACUGUAUUAAGCCUCCAGUUACACUGCCAGAAUUCAGUUCAACACCUACUGCUGUAACCUCUUCAACUCUGGCAACUGUCUUCUCUAUCACACCAACUAAGACACUCCAUACCGCCAUCAGUCAUACCAAGUCAUCCCCUCCGGAACCUAGCAGUACAGCUUCCACAACUACACCAUACUCUGUGGUUGUAGAUGAGUGCACUAAGCUCAUUUGUGUGAAUGGCCAGCUGGUCUUGUUCAAUAAGUCCCAGAGCUGCCCCUAUGACUCUAGCCCUCCAAACUGUGGUCUACUUGGCUUUGCUGUGCUGGUCAAUGGAGACAAAUGCUGCCCAAAAUGGGACUGUCCAUGUCGCUGUUCAGUGUUUCCAGACAUAAAUGUUGUUACAUUUGAUGGGAAGAGUGUAGGCCUUUACAAAGCUGCAGCAUAUGUGCUGACACAACUCAUGAAUGAGACCAUCACCAUCCUGGUGCAGGAGUGCCAAAGCUCAGAGAGCACACUUGUCUGGAACUUUGCUCACUUAUGCCUGGCAGCUCUAAACAUUACCCAUGACUCCAACCAGGUGCUUAUUAAUCGCUUGCAGAGACAGGUAUAUGUCAACUCUAGGUAUGCAAAACCACUUUUAAAAAAGUAUGGGUUUGAAGUUCUAGACACAGGUAAUAUGUACCUGAUCUGGACUCCUGCUGGCUUGAAGAUCCAAUGGUUCCAUAGCACAGGCAUGAUGGUGAUUGAAACAGAUACUUACGUCAACAAGGUCUCCACCAUGGGGUUGUGUGGUUGUUGUGAUGGUAACUCACAAAAUGACUUGAUCUUACCGAAUGGUACUGUAGUGGCUGAUGGUGAAGAUCCAACUGUAUUCAUUGAUAGCUGGCAGAUUCCCAACACUACAAGUUAUGUUAGCCAGAACAGGAGGAGAAAAGUUAACUGCUCUAUUAGUGACUGCUCUGACUGCUUCAACAUGCUCAACAACCUCACAUUCACUGCCUGUCAUUCUUAUGUUCCACCAGCUACAUUUUGUGACGUAUGGGUACAAGAUGCAGAGUAUGUGAAUAACCCUUGCAUGGCUCUUGCUGCGUAUGUUGCCUCCUGCCACAAAUUCAACAUCUGUAUUGAGUGGAGAAGGCCAGACUACUGCCCAUUUGUGUGUCCUGGGAUACUGCAAUACCAGGCAUGUCUGCCUGCUUGCACAGCUCCUUCAUGUCUGAAUAAGGAGUUUGAGUAUGAUGCUGUACAGUGUUCAAGCAUGUCCGAGGGAUGCAUAUGUCCAGAGGGGACUUUACUUCAUCGACCAUAUUCUGCACUCUGCAUCUCACCUGUCAAGUGUGCCUGUACAGAUAGUUUUGGAGAACCCCAUGCCUUGGGUGAGGUUUGGAAGGCAUCAGUGAAUGGAUGCUGUAUGUAUCGAUGUGAGAGUGAUGGCAUUGUGCCUGUAGAAUUUGAAUGUGGUGACAUUCCCUAUCCAGUCUGUACACGAGCAGGCGAGAUCGUCAUGAGCCUGGCAGAUGACAACAGCUGCUGCACUGAAAGAGUCUGUGUGUGUAAUCAGAGUGCAUGUGAGACCACUUUGAUGGACUGUAAAUAUGGACAGAAGAUGGUGUCAUACUUCAGACAUGACUCAUGCUGUCCAGAGUACACCUGUGAGUGUGAUCCUGACCAGUGUGUGCUAGAUGUCCCUGUGUGCCGGGAGGAUCAGACAUUAAUUGCCACUCGCACUGAAGGAAGCUGCUGUCUGGCACACAUCUGCAUGUGUGAUAUAUGUUCAGAGGCAGUUCCAGACUGUGUAGAUGGAGAGCUGCUUACUGUAGAUACAAACAGUACUGAUCGCUGCUGCCCCACAUAUCACUGCUUGUGUGAACCAUCCAGAUGUUCAGUCAUUGAAUGUCCAGUUGGAAUGGUUGCUGUUUCCACUAUUGUUCCAGAGCAGUGCUGUCCAUCACAGGAAUGUCAAUGUGCAUGUGAGAGAAUUUCUCAGCCUAAAUGUGCCCUGGGUGAGAAUUUGCAAUUAGACAGAGCAUAUAUGGCAGACCCAGAGAAUCACUGCGGCUGCAAACGUUAUCAUUGUGUGAGAAGUGCAGUAUGUGUUGAUGGAAAGAGGGGAGUAAUGAGACCAGGACAAACUUUGAUGGAAUACAGUGCUUUGGGAGUCUGUUAUACGACAAGAUGCACAUACAUAUUCAACUCUGCCACUGGGUUCUACCUUAUAAAAGCAACCAGUAUUAACUGCACUGCACAGUGUCAUCCAAACCAGGUUUAUCUACCCCCUAAAGACCAGAGUGCCUGUUGUGGAGUCUGUAAGAAUGUAUCCUGUAUGUACCAAAAUGACAAUGGAUCUCUAGCUUUGUACAAGCCUGGGAAGAGCUGGGUGUCUGACUGCAUGCGCUAUGAAUGUACAGACACACAGUCUGGACCAGUCCUAGUGUCCUACUUCUAUAGCUGCCCCCCCUUUAAUGAAACAGAGUGCAUGAAGAUUGGAGGCACAGUAAUGACAUACAUGGAUGGAUGCUGCAAAACAUGCAAAGAGGAUGGAAAAUCAUGUCAGAAAGUCACAGUGCGGAUGACAAUAAGGAAAAAUGACUGCCGUAGCAACAGACCGGUGAACAUAGUGUCAUGUGAUGGCAAGUGCCCUUCAGCAAGUAUUUACAACUACAACAUCAACACUUAUGCACGAUUCUGUAAAUGCUGUAGGGAAAUGGGCCUUCAGCGGCGGUCUGUCCAGCUCUACUGCAGCAGCAACUCCACAUGGGUAAACUACUCAAUCCAAGAACCUACAGACUGCUCUUGCCAGUGGUCUUAA